AUGACAAUCGCCCCUCGUAUAGGUGUUGUAGUAGCGGCCCCUGAGGGCUGUAGCUUCGGUCGGUGGCUGUCGUUUGUGGAGCACGGCUCAGCUAAUAAAACGGUUACUCCUAAGCUAGCCUGCGACGUCGACGCAAACCGGUACGCCGACCAGUCUGCCGCCCCCCGCGCACGCUCACUCCGCACGCUUCUAAAAUACACGCAUCCACAUCACCUUAUCAAGAGAGCUAUUGCGGCUAAGCUUGUUGUCUGUUCGCUAUCCUAUUUCAUAGCCCGCUCGAACUUGAGA